UCGGGCUGCAAACGGUAACUCGCAAGGAUUGAGCCCACUAGCCAUGGCAGCCCCAUCUAUGAAAGAAAGGCAGGUUUGCUGGGGAGCCCGGGAUGAGUACUGGAAGUGUUUAGAUGAGAACAGAGGGGACUCUUCUCAAUGCAAGAAGUUAAGAAGCUCGUUUGAGUCAAGUUGUCCUCAGCAGUGGAUAAAAUACUUUGAUAAAAGAAGAGACUACUUAAAAUUCAAAGAAAAUUUUGAAGCAGGACAAUUCCAACCUUCAAAAACAACUGCAAAAUCCUAGGAUAUUCCUGUUUUUCAGAAAAGUUGAAGCUAUUAUUUCUGGACAUUCAAAUAUCUCCAU